AUGGUGAAAUUCCCGGCGCUCACGCACUACUGGCCCCUGAUCCGGUUCCUGGUGCCCCUGGGUAUCACCAACAUAGCCAUCGACUUCGGGGAGCAGGCCUUGAACCGGGGGAUCGCUGCUGUCAAGGAAGAUGCAGUGGAGAUGCUGGCCAGCUACGGGCUGGCGUACUCCUUGAUGAAGUUCUUCACGGGGCCCAUGAGUGACUUCAAGAACGUGGGCCUGGUGUUCGUGAACAGCAAGCGGGACAGGACCAAAGCUGUUCUGUGCAUGGUGGUGGCCGGGGCCAUCGCCGCCGCCUUCCACACCCUCAUAGCAUAUAGUGACCUGGGCUACUACAUCAUCAAUAAAUUGCACCAUGUGGACGAAUCAGUGGGGAACAAAACAAGAAGGGCCUUCCUGUAUCUUGCUGCCUUCCCUUUUAUGGAUGCGAUGGCAUGGACCCAUGCUGGCAUUCUCUUAAAACACAAAUACAGUUUCCUGGUCGGAUGUGCCUCAAUCUCUGACGUCAUAGCUCAGGUCGUUUUUGUAGCCAUUCUACUUCACAGUCACCUGGAAUGCAGGGAGCCGCUGCUCAUCCCCAUCCUGUCCUUGUACAUGGGCGCCCUCGUGCGCUGCACCACCCUGUGUCUGGGCUACUACAAGAACAUCCACGACAUCAUCCCGGACAGGAGUGGACCGGAGCUGGGGGGAGAUGCAACGAUAAGAAAGAUGCUGAGCUUCUGGUGGCCCCUGGCGCUCAUCUUGGCCACACAGAGAAUCAGCAGGCCCAUUGUGAACCUCUUUGUUUCCCGGGACCUCGGUGGCAGUUCAGCAGCGACGGAGGCUGUGGCAAUUCUGACGGCCACAUACCCCGUGGGUCACAUGCCAUAUGGCUGGUUGACAGAAAUCCGUGCCGUCUACCCUGCUUUUGACAAGAAUAACCCCAGCAAUAAACUGGUGAGCACGAGCAACACGGUCACAGCAGCCCACAUCAAGAAGUUCACGUUCGUCUGCAUGGCCUUGUCGCUGACGCUCUGUUUUGUGAUGUUCUGGACUCCCAACGUUUCCGAGAAGAUUCUGAUAGACAUCAUCGGCGUGGACUUUGCCUUUGCAGAACUCUGCGUUGUUCCCUUGCGUAUCUUCUCCUUCUUCCCGGUUCCAGUCACCGUGAGGGCCCAUCUGACCGGGUGGCUGAUGACCCUGAAAAAGACCUUCGUCCUGGCGCCCAGCUCCGUGCUGCGGAUCAUUGUUCUCAUCACCAGCCUCGUGGUCCUGCCCUACCUGGGGGUACACGGAGCCACCCUGGGCGUGGGCUCCCUCCUCGCGGGGUUUGUGGGAGAAUCCACCAUGGUCGCCAUAGCAGCGUGCUACGUCUAUCGGAAACAGAAAAAGAAGAUGGAGAACGAGUCGGCCGCCGAGGGGGAGGACUCGGCGAUGACGGACAUACCUCCAGCGGAGGAGGGCACGGACAUCGUGGAGAUGCGGGAGGAGCAGGAAUGA